AUGCCAAUACCAUUAGCCCUUGAGAUGCUGCAAUUGCUGCAUCAUCAGCUCCCUACUGGCUCACCUCCAACAUUCAGCACAAUAUUCCGCUUCAUUACACUUGCAUCAGGACUCAAGGACAACAUCUUACUCGUGCAAGCCGCCUCUCACCAUCCUGAUAGUGCUCCUCUAGUUCUCUCUCCUGCGAUCCAACUCUUCCUGGCUGGCAGCUGCGAUAUUUCGGAGAGUAAUGUGGAUACAUAUUGGAAUGUUCUUAGGAAUGUCGUAUGGCAUGGUGAUGGGGGUGCAUCAAGCAUAGACAUGUCACUCUUUACGCAUCACAGAUGGCAGCAUGGUAUAGGUGAGUGGUAUUACUUUGUAUGA